AUGAAUGCAGGAGAGUCUAUUUUUGAUUUUACGGUACUAGAUAUAAAUCAAAAUGCUGUGAACUUAAACAAGUACCAGGGUGCAGUCUGCAUUAUUGUGAACAUUUCCACUAAAAAUGCUUUUUGUGAAAAAGUUUUAUCAAUGCUCGCUCCACUUUAUAAAAAGUAUCACAACGAGACUAGAAAAGAUCUAAACAUACUCAUGUUUCCUUGUUUUCAAUUUGGCACAAAAGAGUCGAUGGAGGAGAUACGCACCGCUUUGGCUUCCCAAAGCGAUAGCAACAACCUGCAAAUAGGAGAUGUUUUUGCUGAGAUUGAAGUCAAUGGCUCCAGAUGCAUCGAGUUGUACAAAUUUCUCAAACGGAUGAAGCCAGGAACAUGUGGUGGUUUUAUUAGCAGUAACUUUACGAUGUUUGUCACGAAUAAAAACGGUAUUCCGAUAGAACGAUUUGGACCCAAUGUACAUCCAUAUUUUCUCGAGGACUUGUUAGCCCAGCUUUGUGAUUAA